GAUUUAUCGGAUGAUCACGGACAGAUCCCUUUGUUUCCAGUUUGGUCGUUUUUAAGACAAUUCUACACAUUAGCAGUUACUAAGGACCAUAAACGGAAAUGGGCGAGAGAAGCGUUUAGGUCGCUAUGGACGAUCGGUCAACUGUACACCAUGGGGACAAGACAAGCAAAAGCGAGAAAUUAGACACGGAAAGGCAGCAGAGCAAGACAUGGGGCAUUCCACGCGAGGAACCGUGCGGAGUAGAAUCUGACCAUCCUCCUGCACAGGUCCAUACAGAGCAAGCGGGAUUUCUUGCGUUGAAACGUACUGUGGACAGACGCUUCGAGUGUACGGAAUGUGACUAUAGGCCAGCCAAAAAGGUUAAACUAUCGAGACACACAAGAAAAUAUACUGGCGAGAAACCUUAUAAGUGCGACAUUUGCGACUAUUCUGCUGCAAAGAAAGACCAUUUGGAGUCACACAUGGACAAGCACACCAGCGAAAAACGCUUCAUGUGUGUGGAGUGCGGAUACAGAACUUCUCACAAGUCUCACCUAACCGCACAUAUGAGAACACAUACAGGCGAGAAACCUUACAGGUGUGACCAGUGUGACUAUUCUGCUACACAUAAAUCUCAAUUGGAUAGACACAUGGCUAAACACACCGGCGAAAAAAAAUUAAUUUGUGGAGAGUGCGGGUACAGGACGGCUGACAGGUCUUCCUUAACCGUACAUAUGAGAACACAUACAGGCGUGAAACCUUAUAAAUGUGACCAAUGUGACUAUUCCACUGCUCAGAGAGGAAACUUAGACCGACAUAUGGCUAAACACACCGGCGAAAAACGCUACAUCUGCGGAGAGUGUGGAUAUAGGUCGGCUGACAGGUCUGCUUUAAAAUCACAUAUGGUUAAACAUACAGGUGUGAAACCCUAUACAUGUGACUAUUGCGACUAUUCUGCUGCACGGAAAUUUCAUUUGGAUCGACACAUGGCUAAACACACCGGCGAAAAGCCCUUCAUGUGUGGAAAGUGCGGAUAUAGGGCUGCUGACUUGUCUUACUUAACCGUACAUAUGAGAACACACACAGGCGAGAAACCCUAUAAAUGUGACCAAUGCGACUAUUCUGCUACAAGGAAAGAUUACUUAGAGAAGCACUUGAUCAAACACACUUCUUAGGAAUAUAGUUGACGGUUGCGAAUACAGGACGGUUGACAUAACUGUCCUAUAUGCGGACACAUGCAAAAAGUACAGGUGAAGAUUCAAAACAAAAAUGUGAUCAGUGCGACCAUAUCUGCUUCUUGGAAAAGUAAGGGGAGGGGGGCAUCAGUAGCUAUUGCGACUAGUUGUGGACAUCGACAAGGAGUAACAGUUUCUCACUUUGUCACAAUAUUUGCAAUGACCAGUAAUUUAGACCUACACGUGUUUGAACCUUACUUGUGUGGGGAGUGCGGGUUCACCGGGAUGGGUUGGAACCUACCUGAAGUAGUAACUAAUACUACACAAAGCCGUCUGUCAACGUUCACCAAAUUUCAAAUCUUGGUUAUGCUCAGAAAUGUAAGUUAAGCCGUUCCCUUUCUGUUUCAGCCCUAAGCCAUUUGAACAUAUCUAUUAUUUAUUUGAUAUAGACUGGUUACUGUUUGAACAUAGACAUUUUUCGUCGAACGUAUCUAAAUGCAUGUAUUUCAUACUAAGGGUGUAAUUUUUCUAUAAUACUAGUAACUGAUUCAUGCUGAUAUUACUAGCUUAAAAUGCUACGUAGUCAUAGACUUUUUCUUAUAUCACUUGAAACGUUAGAUUAUAUUCAUUUCAUUAUUAGUAGUAGUUAUAUGAGUAGUAAUAUUACUAGUAGCAGUAUAGUCAUUAUGCUUUACGUAUUACAUCUGUACUUAUAUAACUACAUCACAGAUGCCUUAGGAAGCGAAAACCAGUUAAACCAAGAUGUACCAGUAUGCAACACCAUGCUUUAGUGGUUAUGAUGCAAUCAAAUACAGCAUUCUUACAUCUCUGUAAGUUUGUUUUAUUCUUUGCCGUUAUUUAUACGUGUACUUAAUACUGUAGUUUA